GUGGCACAAGCUACAGUCUUGAGAAGAAUCUAUGGAGUUUGAUUGACUGUACAUUUGUUGACAUUUUUUCAUAUACUUCUAUAAUUAUAAAUAUCACGAAACGCGUUUUGAAGCGAGUAAAAGUAGAACGGUGUUAGCAGUAGCAUUAGCUAGCUGUUAGAGAGCACACAGCUGCGGAAAAGUACCCACAAAAGGCCAAAAGUUUGUUUUACCUUGGCUUGUUUGCUCUCUUGUCAGUCUCACUGACUUUCACCGGUCAAAGCAGAGACACAAGACGCAGCUGCUCACCAAACAACACGACAAACAAUACAGUGGAUUUCAUUUUUCCGUGUUUCAAAGCAGCUUUGUCCUGUCUCGCAAAGGAAAGAAGAUGAGUGGUUAUAAACUGCUGUUCUCCAAGGUGAAAUUAUGUACGUGGACAUGUCCACUCAAUGCUGGUGUAGUCAGGCGUGGAGUGGCUACUACUCCUUCCUCCUACAGCCCGAGGGUGUGUGUAGUCGGAAGUGGACCAGGAGGUUUUUACACUGCACAGCAUUUAGUCAAGGCUCGUCAAGAUAUUGAGGUGGACAUUUACGAGCGCCUGCCCGUGCCCUUUGGCCUGGUCAGGUUCGGAGUAGCUCCUGAUCAUCCUGAAGUCAAGAAUGUCAUCAACACAUUCACACAGACGGCCAAUCAUGCACGCUGUCGUUUCUAUGGUAACGUGAACGUGGGGAAGGACGUGAGUAUUGAAGAGCUGCGGCGAGCCUACCACGCAGUCAUACUGAGUUAUGGUGCAGAAGGAAACAGAAGUAUGGGAGUGCCAGGAGAGGAUUUGCCGGGUGUGUACUCCGCCAAAGAUUUCGUCGGAUGGUACAACGGAUUGCCACGCUGUCGAGAGCUGAGUCCGGAUCUCAGCUGUGAAACUGCAGUUAUUCUGGGACAAGGUAACGUGGCCCUUGACGUAGCACGUGUCCUGUUAUCGCCCCUUGACAUUUUAAAGAAGACUGACAUCACUCAGCCAACUUUGGAGGCUCUGGCGGAGAGCCAGGUCCGCAGGGUAUUGAUAAUUGGCAGAAGAGGUCCAACACAGAUCGCUUGCACGAUCAAGGAGCUCAGAGAGAUGGUGAACCUGCCGGGCACCAAACCUGAGAUGGUGGCGGCAGACUUUGAGGGUCUGUCAGAGGCUAUUAAAGAUGUGCCAAGGCCCAGGAAGCGUCUGACAGAGCUGUUGUUGAAGACGGCUGUGGACGUCCCCGGUGAGAAAGAGCAGGAGAGAAGACGCAAGGCGUCCCGCACCUGGGGCUUCCGAUUUUUCCGGAGUCCCGUCGAAGUCCUCGCGGACACAGAGGGCGGGAGAACUGCAGGGAUCCGACUGGCGGUCAAUAGGUUGGAGGGUUCGGGCGACGGAGCCCGCGCCGUGCUCACUGGAGAGGUGGAGGAUGUGAGCUGCGGCCUGGUCAUCAGCAGCAUCGGCUACAAGAGCAUUCCCAUCGACUCAUCGGUGCCAUUUGACUCCCACAAAGCCAUCGUUCCCAACACCAUGGGCCGCGUUCAACAAACUACAGGUCUAUAUUGCAGUGGCUGGCUGAAAACUGGCCCGACUGGAGUGAUCGCCACCACAAUGAACAACAGUUUUGACACCGCACGGUCCCUGGUGGAGGACAUGGACUCAGGGACGCUGGAUGUGUCUGCUACGAGGCCCGGGUCCCAAAGCAUCUGUGCUCUGCUGGAAGAGAGAGGAGUGAAACCGGUGACUUUCUCCGACUGGGAGAAGAUCAACAGCGUGGAAACGAGGAGAGGUGAAGCUGUGGGAAAACCCAGAGAAAAACUCCUGAGUGUGGAGGAAAUGCUCCAGGUGGCUCGAGCAUAAAGGGCAUCGUAAAAUAGUCAACAUGGACUUUGAACAUAUGGUGCACAUCGAAUGUGUCUUUGUGUUGUCACGCCUUGGCCACACUGGAUGCACGAGCAGCAAAUUCUGCUUUUCACAACUUCCUAUACUCGUCCCAUACCCAGAGCUGUUGCCUGUUCUGGCUGCGAGCUACAUGCACCACACUUAACGGUGCCAGUUUUAAAAUAAAAGGCACUCUCGUGUUGUGUUCGUCUUCAACGAGUCAAAUCAUGUUGUUCAACUAGGCUUUUGUUGUAAGAUAUUUGCAGCACUUCACACUGAGGAGUCCUGGCAUUUAGUCAAGAACACAGGUGCAUUUGAAAUGUUUAUUAUAUUUAAAUUUCAAAAGGCAAACUGUAACAUAGCAGCAGCAGCAGCAACACAUACACUCCACUCAUGUGUCCAGUGUGACCCUGGCCAAAGUUAAGUCUGAAUGUUUCCUGUUCCUCUAAAAUCAAAGAGGAAUCCUGAAUGGAUGCCAAUAAUGAACCUAUGUACUUGAUUUUAUUGUAUGUUUAAGUGUAAAUCAUGUCUAUAUAUAUAUAUCAUUUUGCACAAUACAAUCAUAUAUAUAAUAUGUAUCAUUGUAUUCCUAUUUUGGACAACUACCUACUGCUGUAAUCUAAAUAUUUACCGUUUGUUUUCUAAGAAAAUAAGUGUGAAGUUUAAGUUGCACAGAUGUUUAGAAUUUUUGAGGACCCAACCAUGACAAGUGCAUGUUAUUGCAAAACACUGGCAAAAAUAGAUUAAUUCUUGUCCAACCACAUCUGAACUGUUCCCGAGAACUCAUUUUAAGAGGUAUGCAGCUCAGGCAAGGCAAGACGGGAAAACUACUUCCUAUGCCUGUAUUUGGCAUAGGAAGAGGAUUUUUUUUUUUUUUUUUUUUUUUUCUCUCUCCCCGGAAAUGUAGCAUAGGUGAAGAACAGAUUAAAGUAUGUAAAACUCAUUCUUUAAGGGUCCCAGGGUUUUGGAAUCUCUUCCUGCUGAAAUGCAAAUAACCAGACAGGUUGACAGCCCAUCACAAGGCUAAACACAGAAAACAUAUCAAACCUAAUGUUCCCAGUAAUCCUAACCCAAAUUUGAUUUUUGUACACACACAUUGCCUUAAAACUGUUUUUUCCCCUGAACAUUUUAUUUCAAAACUACAUGUUCUAUUUUUCUGGGUUCAAAUAAAGUGACAGAAAUA